AUGUCGUUCGGACGUCCCCCUACAUUCUCGGAUUUCAAAGUGUCGCCCCCGGAACGAGGCUCUUUCCCGCUCGAUCAUGAAGGCGAAUGCAAGUCGGUGAUGCAAGAAUACAUGAACUGCAUCAAGAGCAACCGCAACGACAAUGGCAAAUGCAGACAUCUUUCGCGCGCCUACCUGCAGUGUCGGAUGGACAAAGGGCUAAUGGAUGAAGACAACAUGGACAACCUCGGAUUCAAGGACCUCGCGCCCUCCUCGUCAGGGACCACCAAAGCAGCCGGUGACACACGCGGUGCAGAGGGGAUCGUGUCCAGCGCAAAAGCGGGAGUGGGGAGCCCCACCGACGAGCACAAUCGCGGGGCGGGCGCCGGGUCGGCUCAUGCCAAGGGUCAGGUCAGCAGGCAAGCCAGCAGCUAUGCCGGUCACAGUCAGGGCGGGAGCAGCGGUGGUAGGCUUGUAUAA